CUCGAGAUGAAAAGAGCUCCGCCGCGCAAGGGAGUAACAUGGCGCCGGAUCUGGAUUUGAGAGGGAGAGCGAGUCGCCGGCGGCGUGUGGCCAACAUCUUGUCUCCGCGGUGUAUCCGGAUCUGGAAUCGAGAGGGACUAAGCACAGCCGCGCGAGGGAGAUAGCAUGUCGCCGGAUCUAGCCUCAAGAGGAAGAGAUAGCCGCCGCGCGAGGAGUCUGCAUGGCACCCGAUUUGGAGAUUUGAGGCAGGGAUUUAUUUUGGGAGAAGGAAUCAAGCCGGCUAAGG